AGGGAGCCUUGCGAGUGGCGUGUUCUGUGGGUCACGUGACGACGCUUGGACACCCGGAAGAGUCUGAUGGCUGGCUGUAGAGCUGGAGGGGCUGACAGGACGGUGAGGGGCUCCGGUGUGACCCUGUAGCGCCCCUCAUCGCUCGCUGUCUGUCGGAGGAUCGCGCUGCCAGUUAUGAUGCCGCUGUUCUUCAAGAAGCAGAAGCCGAGCGGGGAGGCGAGAAAACGCCUAGAAUAUCAGAUGUGCCUGACGAAGGAGGCGGGAGCGGACGAGAUCCUGGACAUCUCAAAAUGUGAAUUAUCCGAGGUCCCUGAUGCUGCUUUCUCCACCUGUCGGGUCCUGCAGAAGAAGGUGUUGAUUCUUCACAGCAAUUUUUUGACUUCUCUGCUUCCCAAGUCCUGCCAAAUCCUGGACUUAGCCGCCUUAAAGGUUCUCGAUCUCCAUGAUAACCAGAUGUCGUCCCUCCCUGCUGACAUAGGACUGCUGAAAUCCUUACAGGUGCUGAACGUGGAACGGAACGUCUUGCGUUCGCUCCCUGAUUCCAUCGGGGAUUUGAUCCAACUGCAGACCCUGAAUGUGAAAGGGAAUAAGCUGAAGCUGCUUCCUCCAACUGUCGGUAGUCUGCGCUGUCUACGUACGUUGAACAUCAGCGAGAAUAGACUGAGCGAGCUUCCUCCGGCCCUGGCCCAUGUCCGCACCUUGGAGACCCUGACUCUGGACUCUUUGGGGAUGGUCUUCCCCCCAGCCUCAGUGUGCAGCGAGGGGACAGAGGCGAUCCAGCAGUAUCUAUGCAAGGAGCUGGGCAUAAAGUACUGCCCACCCUCCCAGUACCUGCUCUCCGUCCUGGAGAACGACACCUGCGAUGCUGCGGCAGAUACAGUAGAUGGCGCUCAUCUGAUGUCUUUGAAAGAGGAAACUGAAUGGCAGAACAAAUUUUCCGAAUAUGAGAAGAGAAAGGAACAGAAAAUGUUAGAAAAACUGGAUUUUGAGCGUCGCCUGGACCUGGGGCAGCGGGAACACGCCCAGCUCUUCCUACAGAGUAACUCUCAGAAGAAUGAGAUCUUACAGACGGUGCGGGAGGAGCAGUCGCGGUUGGAGAAGGGUCUGACAGAGCAUCAUCGCCAGCUGCAGAACGACCGGCAGAAGCUGCAGGAACAGCUCAAGCUGAUGGAGAAGGGGAUCUCGUACCGGAUCUCUCACCUGCUGGAGGAGAACCGCAGACAAAAGCAGAGCGAGUCUAUCCUGAAAUCCCUGGAGGAUGAGAGGAUUAAAAUGGAGCAGCUUAUGGCAAUUACCCAGGAAGAAGCUGACAACCUGCGCCGUAAGGAGGUGGCGUCUGCAAUGCAGCAGAUGUUAGUGGAAAGCUACAAGAACAAGCUGCUGCAGGUGGCCAUCGAGUCCCGGCGUCAGGAGAUGGUUUAUCAGACCUGCUCCAGCUUGGCCGAGAUGGAUCGCAAGAUUCAGCAGAUCCAGAUGUGGCAGCAACUGGAUCAGAGUAAAGCCAUCAGCCAGAUCCUGCAGGAGUCAGAAAUUCAGAAGGCCGCCUUUGAGGCCCUGCAGUUGAAGAAAGACCUGAUGCAUCGGCAGAUACGAGAACAGAUUUUAUUAAUAGAAGCUGAGUUAAUGCAUCUGACUCAGCUGGAGGUAAAGAGGCAAGAACUGGAAACGGAGGAACUUCAGUGGAUGAUAGCGGAGCAGCGCCAGGCACUAAGUGAUCUCCUGCAGCAGCUUCUUAAGGACAAGAAACAGAGAGAAGAAGAGCUGUUGGCCGUACUGAUGGAAAUGGAUGCAAAGAGCGAGGCCAAGCAAGAAAACUAUUGGCUGAUCCAGUACCAGAGGCUCCUGAAUCAGAAGCCUCUGUCUCUCAGACUUCAGGAGGAAGGGCUGGAGCAGGAACUGGUGGACCUUCUCAGGGAGCUUUCAGCCGAGAAGUAUUUGCCUAUAUUUGCCCAUCAUAGGUUCUGUCUGGAGAUGCUGGAGAAGAUGACGGCUGCUGAUCUCAAGAAGAUCGGCGUUGCAGAAGUUGGCUUGCAGAUCUCCAUUAUCGAGAAGGCUCGAGAGAUUCGGAGACUCAGGAGAGAGUCGCCCAAACUGACACCCUCCGAGGUGGGACCCAGCGCCCCCCCAGCUGGCCAGCCCAGCCCGAGCUCUCCUAAACUCCCAUUACCUGAUGUGGCGAACAGGAUCUCUGAGUGCGUGGUCUGCAUGGAGCUAGAGGCCCAAGCGAUCUUUCUCCCCUGCGGUCACGUCUGUUGCUGCACCAAUUGCGGAGACGCCCUCCAGACGUGCCCCCUGUGCCGCAGGGACAUCAGCCAACGUAUUCGCAUCUUCCAGAGCACUUAAGAACAGAGAAGAGGAGACCGCUGCUGCCCUCCGGCAUUACAUGAAGGAACAAAAUUUGCUGUAAAGACCUGGCUCCCUCUGCAGCGGUAGACUAGUUCCGUAUGCCACCGCUAGCGAUACUUCUGUAGUCUGCCCCCAGUGGAUAGUCACAGUAUUGCAGGGCGUGGUCGCGGUUUUGUGACGCCUCUCGCCCCUUAUAUAUUUUUCUCCGCUCCCUGCGCAGCUUUAUUUACUGACACUUGAGUACUUGAGUAUCUCAGGGGUGAGAGGGGUGUUUCUUUUGGGUCAUUUCAGCUCUAUAUAUAUAUUCUGCUGUUUCCGCCCAGGGUUUAAAAAGGCUAAAGCCAUUUGUAAAACUGUUUAUUUUCUAUGUAAUUUUACGUGUACUAUAGGUUAAUUUAUUACAUUAUAGGAUGACGUGGAAUACGUCCCUGGCUUAGUCGGCUCGGAGGUAUCCGUCUGCCUUUGUCCUGCUGUAUGUAUGAAGGGUGCCAUGUUGCUCGAGAGACCUCCCAAAUAUUGUAUCUAGAGGUUCUUUCCUCCCACAUGAAUGAAAGGGGGUAAAACCCACCAGAAAUACUGUGAAUGUGAACGCUGUGUUAAAAUAAAAAUUAAUAAAAAUU